AACAGGAAGGCGAAGCAGGCGAGGGAGGAGAAGAGAGAGGGAGAGAGAGAAAAGAUGUCUGAAGUCACAGCAGAGAAGCAGCCCCUGGCUGAACCGCUCCCGCAGGAGAUCCCAGCGCGGCCUGCACUCCCUGCCAAGCAGGAGGCUACCCCAGCCCGGACACGGUGCCCCAGCUCUGACCUGGAGCCAAUCUGCGUCGAGGACGAACCCGCCCGGCCCAGUCCCGAGGGGAAGGUCAAGGCCUCUUCCAGCAACAGCCCUGUCUAUCGCCUGGGUUCCAACCAGUGCUUCCACUGCCUGAUCACGUUCCCGGACGAGAAGUUCAAGGAGCGGCACAUGAAGCGGGAGCACCCCGAGGACUUUGUGCAGGAGAAUCUGCGCGACGCCCUCUUCGUCUGCUUCAUCUGCAGCAAGCCCUUCGAGAGUUCCCGCGCCCUCAUCUGCCACCAGCGCGGGCAUGCCCCCGCCCCGCCCCCCGACUGCCCCGACUGCCUGCGCCCCGCCUUCGAGUGCUCCGACUGCGGCCGCCGCUUCGGCCAGCUGGCCAACUACCAGCGCCACCGACUGGGCCACGCCGCCGGCCGCAGCCUGCCCCACCAGUGCCCCGACUGCGGCAAGAGCUUCCGCCAGCUCUCCAACCUGCGCCGCCACCAGGCCUCCCACCAGCGCCCCCUGGAGCUGCUGCCCUCCCGCCCCUACUCCUGCACGGAGUGCGGCGAGAGCUUCGCCCAGGAGGCCGGCCUGCACGAACACUACAUCCGGCACGCCCGUGGCGAGCUCUAGCGCCCUGCGCCGCGGCCUGGGGGCUCUGGCGCCGCCCCAGGAGCUCUAGCGCCCCCUGCAGCCCCAGUGGGGAGAGCUGGGACUGCAGCAGAAUGCCCCCCUCUUCUGCCACCAAGCCCACUCCGAUCGGCUCCGGGCGCUGGGACAGCAGGCGCCGCCUGGCAGGAAGUUGAGCUAGAAUGGGACUGGAAGGACAUUGAUGGAACUGAGCGGAUUGGAUGGAGCAGGGCAUGGGGCCUUUCCCCUCUAGAGGGCGCCAGCUCCCAUCAGGCCCCAAGGUGGGGGAUUGGCUAGCUCAGGGGGGCGGGGAAUGGGGCACCGGGCCUGUGCCCUCUAGGGAGCAUGGGCUCCUAUCUGGUCCCAGGGCAGGAGGGCUGGCUCAGGGGGCUGCCAUCUGAAACACCCCCCCAUCCCCCUGUGUCCGUGUCCAUCUGCAACACGCACCCCACAGCAUCUCUCUCCACACCCUGCUCUUCCUCCCAUAAACGCCUCGCGCCUCCGCUGCAGCCAAGCACCGAGCGCUCCACGGCACCGACCAUCACUCCCUAGCCCGGGUGGAGGCUGCAGUGCCCCCUGCUGGAGUCCUGGCGGGAGAGGACCUAACCCGAACAUGUCCUCUUUCUGUGUUGGGGGCAGGAGGGAGCUUUUCAAAGCCCAUGUCUGGUCCCCGGGCUGUUACCCUGCAGUGUGGCGUGAUCUCUCUGACUUCCCGAGCGGAGCUGGGCCCAGAUCUUGUCCCGGUAAACCGUGUCAGCGCAGGGGUGACUUUCACCUGUUAGAGUUGUCCCAGUGCAGCCCCUGGCACAGAGGCACUUAAUCCAGUACGAAGGGCCGUUAUACCAGUCUGCCCCUACAGCCACUAUAAGCCCGGUUGUACCAGUAUAACUGCCCAGUGCUGUAGGGGUCCCAGACCCGCUGCCAGGGGCACUUGCCUGCUCCCCAAGGUGGCGUGCAUCUUCACUGCUUCGGGGCGGAGCUGGGCAGCCAUGGGAAGGAAGUUUUUGGGGGCAGUUCGGAGCGGAAGGGGGGAGAUGUGGGGUGUUGAGGAGAAUCGGGCUCCCAUACCAGGCUGCGGGGCCG